AUGCUCGCAACAUUGUCAGCACGCAGGUCCUACCACGGCGCCACUGGCUUCGCUUUGGCAGCCACUGGUGACUAUCGUCGGAAGUUUGGCGAAGGCGGCCAGAGUGGCUUCGUCAAGUUCUUCAACCCAGAGCCAACAAACUUCAAUUGGAGUUCCAACAAUGAUUCUUCAGCGGAAGCAGCCUUGGUCGCUUUGGAGGACCAGAUCCUGGCAGAAGGGCCAGACACCAUUGCUGCCAUCUUGAUCGAAAGCAUUGUUGGUGGUGGCGGGGUCCUCAUUCCCCCGCCCGGCUACAUGGAAGGCAUCAGAUCGCUGUGCGACAAGUACAGCAUCCUUAUGAUCUGCGACGAAGUUAUGGUUGGCUUCGGACGCACGGGCCAAUUCUUUGCAUUCCAACACUUUGAAGGCUUGGUGCCGGACAUCGUCACCAGCGGCAAAGGACUCACAGGAUCUAUUCUGCCACUCUCCAUGGUUGGGGUUCGGCAGAAGAUCAAGGACUACUUUGAAGAUCAUGCUCUGGGCUGGGGUGCGACAUUCCACGCUCACCCUGUGGCUUUGGCCUGUGCGUAUGAGACCGUAAAGUAUCUGCUCAAGGAGGACAUCGUAAACAAGGUGAGGCGGCUAGAGCCCAUCAUGAAGGAGGAGAUGGAAGAUCUUGUAUCGAAGCAUGCCUCGGUGAAGCGAGCUCGCUGCGUGGGCUUGAUAGGCUGCUUGGAUCUCCAGACUCCAUCCGGCCAGGCAGUUCAGCAGCUGGGCGACCCGUUACCACCUGCUGUGCAAUAUCUUCACGAGGCAAUGCUCGACAACGGCCUCUUGGCACUUUUCCGGCCACCGCUGUUGCACUGCGCACCACCGCUUACGAUUUGCGAG